UGGACAUUUACAUAAAUAUGCAGAGGAGGAGCCUGAGAAUCUGACAGAUAUAUAAGGAGCGUUUGUUUCAAACAGAACAACACAAACGGCACAACACAAACGGUAAAACAGAUCCCUGCUGUGAUCUGCUGAGGAAAGAUUGAAAAGAUGGCAAUAAUGGUGUUUUUGCUAGCUCUUCUACCGGCUGUACUGGGCAGUGACUGUAAAUUCAUGCCAUUCGACUGUUCUGACAUUUUCAGCUCAGGACAAAAAAUCAGUGGGAUUUUUCCCAUCUAUCUAGCAGGUGAUGUUCCUGUCUGGAUUUACUGUCACAUGAUCUCAGAUGGGAAAGUUGACAACGGAGGAUGGACGGUGAUUCAGAGGAGAAUGGAUGGCAGUGUGAAUUUCUAUCAGCCGUGGGAUCAGUACAAGAGAGGAUUUGGGAAUGUGGAGGGUGAAUACUGGCUGGGGCUUGAGAACAUGUAUAAGCUGACAAGUAACAGGAAGUACAUGCUGAGAGUGGAUCUGGAGGACUUUGAGGGAAAUCAAGCUUUUGCUCGGUAUUCGUCUUUCUCCGUGGGUUCUGAAGCUGAUGGGUAUCGACUGCAUGUUUCAGGAUUCACUGAUGGAGGAGCAGGCGAGUCUUUGACCUACCAUAAUGGACAGAAGUUCUCCACCUUUGACAAGGACCAAGAUUCCUAUGAACAUAACUGUGCCAAACUGCAUCUCGGGGCAUUUUGGUACAAUAUUUGUCACGGUACAAACCCCAACGGUGUGUAUUUAUGGGGAACAAAUACAACCUUUUUUGCCAUUGGAAAUGUUUGGCGAACUUGGAAGGGUAAUGAUGUCAGUUUGAAAUCCAUCAGCAUGAAGAUCAAACAUGUUUCUUAGAAAACAUUAGUGUUUUCAGGAACCAGUGUCUGAUAUUGUUUUCACUAUUUGACAAAUGUGAAGUUUAAGGUUUUACUUUCCUCAAUGUAAGUAAAUCAGAGUUUAUCUUUGUUUCUGGUCUUUUGAUUUACUAUUAAAUAAAUUAAUCAAAUCUUCAAAUAAACUCCUGCAUUGAAAGC